GUUUUGAGUGAAAUUGUUUAAAAAGAAUAAAAAAUGAUCCUGAGAUUAUUUGGAUCGUUGGGAAAAUCUUGCAGUACACCGAUUUCUUCUAUUUUACGCUCUGUUCCGAAGAGUUCGGCCCGUUCGACAGUCACAAAUUCGGCCCGUUCGACAUGCCGGUUGCAUUCGACACAAACUGCAACACGCGUUUACGAUAUAAAUACCAAAGUUCCCAAGGAUGUGAUGUUGUUCAAAUACGAAAAUCCACGAUUUUUCAAAGUACUGAACAUUUUUGCUGUUUCGCAGUUUCUUUUCUGGGGUUAUCUGUGCCAUUUCUCAUACACUACGCUUAAAGAUGCCCCUGUUGACGAAACAAGUACUGAGAGUUUGCCAUGGUAUAAGCGAAUCAAUCUAGGAGAAAACAAGUAUCGCAACAGUAUCGCUAUAAUGUGCUUCUGCAUAGGUUACGGUGUUUUGUUUGCAUCCUGGAUGUUCACGCUACGUUCCGUGCGCUAUUUGGUGCUGCGAAAGGGUGGAAGCGAAGUGAGCGUAGUUACUUAUGCACCCUUCGGAACGAACCGAAUAAUGGACGUUCCGCUGAAAUAUGUCUCAGCACAGGAGUCCCGGGAGGCAGCCCGCGUCACUGUUCCUAUAAAGAUCAAGAAUCGGGCUCUCUUCUACGUACUUGAUAUGCGUGGCGAGUUUACAAAUGCGAAACUGUAUGACUACACCGUAGGAUUGAGUAGGAAACUUAAGUAAUCAAUUUGUAUCUAAAGAAAAAGAAAACAAGCAAAUUUAGUUCACCAUAGUUCAAGGUCGGUAAAGUAUAUUUCUUAAUA